AUGAAAGCAGUAUUUGAAGAAAAGAAGAGAAAAAGAACUGAAAAGGAGAAUAAGAUAAAGACAAUUAAGAAAAAUAAAGGAAACUGUGAUAAAGAAAAUUGUGUCAAGGGAAAAUGUGCCAAAGGAAAAUGUAUUAAGAAGAAACAUACCAAAGAUAAAGAGAUUAAAAGCAAGAAGACUACAACCAGAAACACAAGGAUCAGAAAGGCAACAAAAUAUUUGUUUAAAAGUGAUGAUGAAAACUCAUCUCUUGACCAAAUCGACGAAAAUGCUAUCUGCGAUGAUGAGUCAGAAUAUUCUGAAGAGGAGAAUUUAUGUGCAAUUUGUUUAGAUCUUGGAAAAAAUGGAGAGAUGUGGUACCGAUGCAGAAGUUGCGGAAACUGGGCCCACAAAGAGUGUACUGGUAGUGAUAGUCCAGAUACUUAUAUUUGUGCAUUUUGUUUGGAUCCGUAA